AUGAUCGCCUGUUUCUUCUUAGGCAGCAUGCUGGCCUACGGCCUAGUGAUGACUGUCUACCGACUUCACUUUCACCCUCUCAGCAAAUUUCCCGGACCAAAAGUCGCAUCUAUUACUGGAUUAUACGAGAUAUACUUUACGGCAUGGGGGGCUGGGUCAUUUGAGGAAGAAAUUGAUCGCAUGCAUCAAAUAUACGGACCCGUGGUUCGCAUUACUCCUGAUGAAAUUCACGUUCAAGAGCAAUUUUACAAUACCAACUAUGCAGAUGGUUUGAUCAAAGGUACACGAGUCUUGGACUUUGGGCGACACCAACCAGGGCGAGCCUCGAGAGCUCUACAGAGCAAGAAGCGAUCAAUCUCACGAGCACGAUCAAUUUUACAACUCGAGGUUCUUCAAAUCAUCCAUGGUUUGGUACAAAAGCAUCAGUCAUACCGAUUUUUCGGUUCUCGGAUCCAGUCGUUCAUUCCCCUGCCUGAGCUGCAUGAGGUUCGCAUUGAUCUCUCCGACGAGAGCGAUCUAGAGGAUGGCCAUCACCAGGUUGUUCGUCGGUCAUCGAUAUCAGGACCUCAGUCUAAAUCAGACAUGUUUGAGAGCAGCGAUCAAGAGAAUUCCUAUUUGCCAGCAGUCAAUGGGCAGGCGCUUUACUCGACCUUGCAAAGCAGCGGUCGCAGUCUACCAAUUUGA